AAGAGGGGGAGUAUGUUUGUAUGAAAAAGGAUCUAAACAGUUAAGCAUUAUCUACAGGAAAAAGAAACUGGAGUAGAGAGGAAAUCUGUGCAUGAAAGAGAUAUAGAACUUGGACAGAGUGAGAACAAAAAGCAGGAUUAAUUUAAAGCCUGCAAAGGAGGCACUCACACAGAACCAACAGAACAGCAGAGAUCCCAACAAGUGCAAAGCGAAUACUUAAGAACAGGUUUUUGUUUUUAUAAGUUAAUUCCAUUCUCGAAGUUUACAGUAAGCAUUGCAAUUUAAACUGAGAUUUAUACACUAUGGGCAAAGAGGACCAUUUAUUUAUUUUUGGGUUUAGUAAUGUUUUCGUCUUGGGAAUUAUACUUAUAAUAUCUCUUCUGCUGCUGGACUUCAUAAAACGCAGGAAGACAUGGGCUCGCUUCCCCCCAGGACCUCCUUCAAAGCCAUUUGUGGGUAAUAUGCUGCAGGUAGACUUCAGCAAUCCUCACAUCGCAUUGUGCAAGCUGAGUAAAGAAUAUGGCGAUGUCUACAGUCUGCAGUUCCUCUGGACCAAUCUUGUAGUACUCAAUGGAUUUGAAGUUAUGAAAGAAGCUUUGCUUAACAAGUCAGAAGACAUAGCUGAUCGGCCCAAUUUUCCCAUCUAUGAGCCACUUGGAUUUAUAGGCAAUACCAAAGGUGUGGUAUUAGCCAGAUAUGGCAUAUCGUGGAAGGAGCAUAGACGAUUCUCACUGUCCACUCUCAGGGACUUUGGGAUGGGUAAGAAGUCUCUGGAGCAAAGCGUAACUGAGGAAGCUGGAUUUUUGUGUUCUAGAUUCCAAUCAGAACAAGGCCGUUCUUUUGAUCCUCACUUCUUGAUAAAUAAUGCUGUAAGCAAUGUGAUUUGCUCCAUUGCAUUCGGAGACCGCUUUGAAUACAGUAAUGCCAAAUUCCAAAAACUGCUCCGUCUCUUUAUGGAAGCUUUAAAGGCCGAGUCUGGGCUCCUGGCACAGAUUGCAAAUGAAAUUCCGAUCCUGAUGAAAAUUCCUUGGUUGGCAAACAAAAUACUAGAACCAGAAUAUAAAAUAUUACCAUUUUUAAAUGACUUGAUUUCAGAACAUCGGAAAAGUUUUGAUCCUAAUCACAUAAGAGAUUUUAUAGAUGCCUAUAUGCUGGAAAUGAAAAAAAUGAAAGAAAACGGCGAUAGCAGCUUUAAUGAAACAAAUUUACUAUUGACAACAUAUGACUUAUUUGGGGCUGGGACAGAAACCACAUCAACUACUCUAAGAUGGGGCUUCUUGUUCAUGAUGAUAUAUCCAGAGGUCCAGUCAAAGGUCCAUUUGGAAAUUGACAAAGUGAUUGGAAGAGAAAGGAUGCCUACGAUGGGGGACGUGUUAAAAAUGCCAUACACCAAUGCAGUGGUUCAUGAAAUCCAACGCUGCGGGGACAUUCUACCUCUCGGUUUACCACAUAUGGCCUACAGGGACACCGAGAUAAAAGGACAUUUCAUACCAAAGGGUACCACUGUCAUUACCAACCUGUCAUCUGUGCUGAAGGAUGAAAAAGUGUGGCAGAAACCAUAUCAGUUUUACCCCGAGCAUUUCCUGGAUGAGAAUGGCAAGUUUGUGAAACAAGAAGCAUUCAUGGCAUUUUCUGCAGGUCGGAGGGUCUGCCUUGGCGAGAGUCUUGCAAGAAUGGAACUUUUCCUAUUCUUUACGUCACUCAUGCAGCAGUUUACAUUCGAGAUACCCGACAACGAACCUCGUCCAAGGGAGGAUGGCCUAUAUGCAUUGACACUCUGCCCACAUCCUUACAAAAUGUGUGCUGUAUCAAGAAUGUAGCUGGAUAAACUGAAAAUCAGAAUUUAUAUUAUCAUAAUGUUAAUCUUAUAACCUUAAAAUUAUUUUUAUAAUUCUCUAUAAAUGUAGCUACAUAUUU